AUGCGAGGAGGCAGAGGAGGAGGAGGAGUAGGAGGUGGCGUAUCGUCGUGGUGGCGGUCGGAGUUGGUGGUGGUGGGGGUGGUGUUGGUGGUGUUGGCGGAUUGGAGGGGAGUGAGUAGAGGCCUCGACAAUGGCUUGGCCCUGACUCCACCGAUGGGUUGGUUAACGUGGCAGCGAUUCCGAUGCCAGACGGAUUGUGAGGCGUACCCACAGGACUGCGUGAGUGAGGCGUUAGUGGUGCGACAGGCGCAGGUGUUGGUGCAGGAUGGGUGGUUGGCUCGAGGCUACGAAUACGUCAUCAUCGACGACUGUUGGUCGGCGUACGAACGCGAUCCCAUAUCGCAUCGUCUCCAAGCCGAUGCCGUCCGCUUUCCUCAU